AUGUCCACGGCCGAUGCUCUCGAUCCCUUCAAUGAUUUGGCCACAACCGGCGCCACCAGCAGCGGUGUCCCCGACUUUGAGAAGGAACACGACCUGACUGUCUGCUGGGGCAAGAACGGCGAGUCGUUUGUGGUCAAAGAGCCAAGCGAGUUCGCCAAGGCCAUCCUUCCCAAGCAUUUUAAACACAACAACUUUGCCAGUUUUGUCCGUCAGCUCAACAAAUACGACUUUCACAAGGUCAAGAUCACCGAAAACGCUAACAAUCCCUAUGGCGACCAGGCAUGGGAAUUUCAGCACCCAAAGUUCCAAAUUGACAAGCGGGACCAGUUGGAGGAGAUCAAGCGCAAGACACCAAGCAACAAGAAACCAGCGGGUGCUACGGCAUCAACCCUCCUGUCCGAUGGCACGUCUCCCCUGCCCGAGGAGUAUCUGGCUCAGAUCGAGCUCAUGUCCAAAACUCAGACAGAGAUGCAGGAUCAACUGACCCAAUGCAGGAGUAAAAUCUCGGCUCAGGAAAACCUCCUGCAGAGUCUUAUGAAGGCACUCGGUUACAAGAGCACUGACGACGGUACCGUUAUGCAAGUGCAUGGCGCGGCACCACAUCUGAAUAAGGAAAAGUCAAAGUCCAAGAGCCAGACAGGCUCUCGGUCACGAGUCCCAAGUCAAUCGAAACCCGACCUUCAGCAACCAUUUACUCCGUCAGCCAUCCCCGCCUCAUCAUCAACAUCAUCCGCAAUGCACUCCAACUUCUCUGCCAUGACAUCAGCGGCGACAAUGUCCACGAUACCAGCCUCUUCGACCUUCCAGCCUGCCUCCUCCGCGCCAGUGUCAACGUCACAGUUUCUCCCAAGGACAUCCGUGCCACCCAUGUGCCAGGACCCUAGUCUUGGACCUCCAUAUCCCACCUUCGGUCAUAUCACGGCGAAAAAGGAAGACUGGGAAAAACCUAUGCGGAAUCCUCCAAAGGCAGCUUCUAGACCAGCGCCACCACAACAACAGCCCCAGCCCAUCUCUCACAACAUCCCCAGACAGCCCCAAGAUACUCAACAACCGCAAUAUCAGCAACCACCGCAGGAGUAUGCAGCGACGUCAACUUCGGCUCCUCCCAACUAUCGGGCUAUGAGUGUGCGUCCCAACAUGAUGGUCCCCAACUGGUCGAUGCCACCCAAGGUUCUUCUUGUGGAAGACGACGACACGUGUAGACGUCUCAGCUCCCGACUCUUGCAGAUUUUCGGCUGCCCGUUCGAUGUGGCCGAGGAUGGUGUGGCUGCUGUUGGAAAAAUGAGCCAUCAGAAAUAUGACAUUGUCUUGAUGGAUAUCAUGAUGCCCAAACUGGAUGGAGUGUCUGCCACGACGCAGAUUCGUCAGUUUGAUGCCAUGACGCCCAUCAUCAGUAUGACCUCCAACACCACCGCCAACGAUAUUAUGACUUACUUCGCCAAUGGCAUGAACGACAUUCUUCCCAAGCCCUUCUCCAAGGACAGUCUACUCAGCAUGCUCGAGAAGCACUGCCAGCAUUUGCGGUACCUCAAGCUCGGAACAAGUCUGUUGGAACUGUCCAACUCUGGAUCGGGAUCGAACCUCAACGGCCAGGCCAACCGUCUCAUGCUGCGUCAGGGGGAUUCCACCGAUGUCGAGUCAAUGGGCUUCUCGCUUUCGGGUUUCCAGGGUCAGGAUGGUCUGCAGUUGGUGCAGCCAGGCAAAGACAACAACAAUAUUGACCAGCAAGGCGGCCAGAACGGCGACCAGCAACAGCGCGAGGGGAUGGAUUCGUUGGGGAUGGGCAUGCAGCUCAACAUGGGUGGGAUGAUGAUUCUCAACAGUGUCGACUCUAAUCUUGACGGACAGAUCGACACGUACCCCCGUCAGAACCAGAACAGUCUCAAGCACGGAAUGAACCCCAAUGAGAACGACAACAACUCGAACAAUAACUCAAACAACUAUGGCAUGAACAACAUAAGCUACGGCGAGCUGUUGGAUCCAAUUGGCCACCACGACGACAGCUCAGGCUCCUCCCUCUCCCCCGACCAGGCCCACAGCCAUCUCUCUGCCAAACCCGCUCACCAUCAACAGCAUGCGCACCACUCUCACCAACAGCAGCAGCAGCAGUUGCAGCAGGGUCACCAGGGGAUGAUGACGAACCCUCACUCAAACCACACCGGAUAUGCCACCACGAUGGGCAACAAUAUCUCCUUUGCCAACUCGAGCUCUUCCAUAAUGAGCGCCUACCAAAGUGAGCUCGACAAUGCCUAUGGUGGUCACCCUCAACCCCAACAACAGCAGCAACAUCAACAGCAACAACAUCACCAGCAACAGCAACAACAUCACCAGCAGCAGCAGCAGCAACAACAGCAGCCACAGCACCUACAGAGCAUCACAUUACUCUCAAUCAGGCCUGACGGUGGAAUGGCCCACACGCUUGGGUUGACGAACCGAGGAGGCGGAUUCGGUAUGGAUCAGGGUGAUACCAUUGAUACCCAAGGACGGCUGAAGCGCGCCAAGAUUGAAGUCAUUGAAUAG